GGGUACAUCACGGAGCUCCUGAUUCCCAGCUGCUUCUCCCAGCCAAACUUGAGAAGCUGAGACCAUCCUCAUCCCAGACCAAGUACGGGACAGAGACGAGGGCUGGAGGCCAGACAAUGCCUCGUGACUGCUGCCUCCAGCUGCCAGCAGUGACCUGGGUGCUGCUGCUGGUGACAACAGCCUUUGCCAUGGAGUGCCCCAAGAUCAAGGUGGGGACGUGCAAGGACUGCAUUCGGUCUGGUCCUGGCUGUGCCUGGUGCAAGAAGCUGAAUUUCACAAAAGCUGGUGAGCCAGACUCCAUCCGCUGUGACACCAUUGAGCAGCUGAAGCAGAGGGGAUGCCCAGGCAGUGAGAUUGUGUUUCCAGGCAAUGAGAUCAAAAGAACACAGGACAGCCCCUUAAGCGACAAGAUACAGCUGACUCCACAACAGGUGCACCUGAAACUGAGGAUAGGCCAGCCUGCUGUGUUUGACGUGAAGUUCCGCCGUGCCAUGGGGUAUCCCAUCGAUCUCUACUACCUCAUGGACCUCUCCUACUCCAUGCUGGAUGACCUGGAGAACGUGAAGAAGCUGGGAGGGGAGCUGCUCCGGGCUCUGGAGAGCACCACCCCUUCUCGGCGCAUUGGGUUUGGCUCCUUUGUGGACAAGACGGUGCUGCCAUUCGUGAACACGCACCCCGAGAAGCUGCGGAACCCCUGCCCCAACAAGGACAAGAAGUGCCAGCCUCCCUUCGCCUUCAAGCACAUCCUGUCCCUGACUGACAACGCCGAGCAGUUCGAGAGCGAAGUGGGGAAGCAGUUCAUCUCCGGGAACCUGGAUGCCCCAGAGGGGGGGCUGGAUGCCAUGAUGCAGGCAGCAGUGUGUGGGGACCUGAUUGGCUGGCGCAACGUGACCCGCCUGCUGGUGUUUGCCACCGAUGACGGCUUCCACUUUGCCGGGGAUGGCAAGCUGGGGGGCAUCCUGACCCCCAACGAUGGCCAGUGCCACCUGGAGGACAACAUGUACAAAAGGAGCAAUGAGUUUGACUACCCAUCUGUUGGCCAGCUGGUCCAGAAACUUGCUGAAAACAACAUCCAGCCCAUUUUUGCUGUCACCAGUAAGGUGGUGGAUGUUUACAAGAAACUCAGUGAGAUGAUCCCAAAGUCGGCGGUGGGAGAGCUGAACGAGGACUCCAGCAACAUCAUUGAACUCAUCCAAGUGGCCUACAAUAACCUCUCCUCACGGAUCAUCUUGGACCAUUCCACCUUGCUGGACACUCUGGAUGUCAAAUAUGACUCCAAAUGCAAAAAUGACAAGGACUCAGUGGAUGAAGCAAGAGGCCAGUGUGACAAUGUCAAGAUCAACGAUGAGGUCACCUUCAAAGUGAAGGUCACAGCCAAGGAGUGCAUUUCCAGCUAUUCCUUCACCAUCCGGCCACUAGGCUUCACAGACACCCUCACUGUCCAUGUGGCCAACAACUGUGACUGCCACUGCAAUGACCAGCCCAACCCAGCUGCUUGCAGUGGGCAAGGCAUCACUGAGUGUGGGAUCUGCAGCUGCAGUCCGGGAUACACGGGGAAGAACUGCGAGUGUGACACCAAAGGGAGGAGCAGCAAGGAGCUGGAGCACAGCUGCAGGAGGGACAACAGCUCUCUGGUCUGCUCGGGGCAGGGGGACUGCGUGUGCGGGCGCUGCGCCUGCCACACCAGCGACGUGGCCGGCAAGGACAUCUACGGCACCUACUGCGAGUGCGACAACGUCAACUGCGAGUUCUUCAAUGGCUCCCUCUGCGGCGGCCCAGCACGUGGGCGGUGUGACUGCGGGGUGUGCAAGUGCCAUCCUGGCUACGAGGGCAGUGCCUGCCAGUGCCAGCAGUCGACGGAGGGCUGCCGCCUCAACAGCCAGGGCCCCGUGUGCAGCCUCCGUGGGACCUGCCACUGCAACCGCUGCCAGUGCUGGGACAAGUACCAGCCCCCCUUCUGCCAGGAGUGCCCAGCCUGCCCCUCGCCCUGCGGGGAGCACGUCUCCUGUGUGGAGUGCAAGUUCUUCGGCAGCGGCCCCUUUGAGAAGAACUGCUCCCAGGCCUGUCCCAACAUCAAGCUGCCCACAAACUCAACAGAGGGGGGCACAAAUGAAAGGAAAUGCAGGGAAAAGGAUUCCCAGAACUGCUGGAUGUCCUUCCGUAUGAUCCAGGAGGAUGGCAGGGAUAUAUACACCAUCAUCGUUGAGUCUGACAGAGAGUGCCCAGAGCCCCCCAAUGUCCCCCUGAUCGUGGGCAGCACCAUCGCUGGCGUGUUCCUCAUCGGCGUCCUGGUCCUGGUCAUCUGGCGGUUCCUGAUGGAGCUGCUGGACCGUCGGGAAUAUCGCCGCUUCGAGAAGGAGAAGAGCAAAGCCAAGUGGAAUGAUGCUGAUAAUCCCCUCUUCAAGAGUGCCACCACCACUGUCGUCAACCCCAGGUUCAAUGAGUGAGGCAAUACCUGGCAGCACUGGGAUGUACUGUUAAAUAAGGAAAUGCCAAGCUAAGGAAAGCUCAAACUAAGGAAAUCUUAAUCUAAAGCUCCUUCCCCUUCUUCUUUAUCCUCAUGGUUUUGUCCCUUCUUCCCCAUCAUGUCAGGUGUUGGCUGAGGGACUGCAGCCACGCCGGUCUCCUGCCCACUGCCUGAUGGUUGUGUUGGUGCAGCUGGUAGAGGGGAACACCACAGCAAUAUGCAGUGGCUCCUGCCCCAUCUCCUGAUGCUAGCUUUGCUGUCUGGCAGCAGUCUUGGACACCGAGCCCCAAAGCCAGCUGAGAGCACAGAGUGCUUCCAGCUUUGAUUUUGAGUUGGGAUUUCAAAACUGCCGUCUCUCUUCUGCUCCAGCAAGAUCUGCCUCCAGGCUGCCUUCCCCUGCUGCAUUAGUCUCCACCACUAUGCCAUGUUUUCCAGAGAACUCUCUGCUGAGUUGGACAUAAAGGGUCCAAGCAACUGCUCUAGAGGAUGCAGUGAUAUGAUAGGCCCUGAGGGAUAGUGAGCAGCUGUACCUUGUGAUGAAGAGCAGCUGGAGAAGAUGCACUUCCCAAAUCACCAACUGCUUCCUGGCAUCACUCCCUACUCAGACCUACCUCAGACAAGGUUCUGCCUGGGCUUCUGCAUGCUUAGCUUACCUCCUCUGCACAGUAAGGAGCCACUGUUGGAUCUUCUUGAUCUAUGAGCACCUGGAAAAUGCAGCUUGGAGUUCAGCCACAGCUUCUUCAAUCCCCUGAGGCAUAAUCUCCCUGCUUUGUGAGUGUGUCAGACGUAUCAGGAGCCAGCUGUGCAAAACACCUGGCAGUAGCCAGAGCAUCUCCAGCUCAGCACUUAUCCCAACCACACACAGCAGCUCUUAUGUUGUGGGUCAUUCCUGUGAAACAGUGGUGCAAUUCCUUAUUUGCUUUAAGUUUGAGAUAAAUUUGCAUAGAGUUGUAUUGUGUUGCAUCUUUAUUUUCCCUCUGAAGAAGUUUAAUGUGA